AUGCUCCUGUUUCAUAGGCUACUGAAACCAUUUGCCUGUUCACUCAAAAUGGAAUUGAAUAAGUUCUACAGUGCCAACAUCUACUUCUUCUCGUCUGUGCUUACGUCCCUGAUCAACAAGGAGAUCGUCUAUGGCUUCGGAUUCAGAAGACACUUCCUGCUCACGGCAAUCCAAUCGACCGUAAUUGCAACACUUUCAUUUUGCAUAAUGAUGAAGACUGGUGAGAAAAUCAAGGCAUCUUCUGCAAGAAGGUGGCUUCCCACAGCUGGGUUUCUGGGCGCAAUGAUUGUCUCAAACAUGAAGGCCCUUUACUACUUUGACGUGAGUCUCUAUACGCUCUACAAGAAUGGAUCAAUCAUUCUGGUUGCACUGCUAGAGCAGUACUGUUUUGGAAGACGCAUUUCUCCAAUUGGAUAUGGUGCAUUUGUGAUCAUGAUCUGUUCAUCCUGGACAGCAGAAUUUGGAUCAAGGAAUAGCGCAGUUGGCUACGCGUGGAUGGCCACGAACAUCUUUGCUACCACGGCCUACGUUCUCCAUCUCAAAAUGCUCAUGGACCAAAAUAGAUCGAAAAUUGAGUCAGUUUUCUACACCAAUUUAUUGACAAUACCAAUUCUAGGCAUUUUGUCAUCAGUGCUGGAAAGAGAGGUAAAAGAGAGCCAUUUGAGAGCACCGGUGUUGUUGCUCGUGGCUGCAUCCUCUGCAACUGCGUUGAUUACGGCCUAUUCUGCAGCAUGGACUCUCAAGACACUCAGUUCCACGGCGUAUUCGAUGCUGGGUGCUUCAAACAAACUGUGUCUCUCUGGGGCUGCAAUCUUCUGGUUCAACGAGACAAGGAGUCCGCUGAAGCUGCUGAGUCUGGGAAUCGGCGUCAUCUCUGGCUUCGUCUACUCCUACGACACAUCUAGGCAAAAGUGA